AUGAGAAUUUGUCCCUUUUCCUUCUGUUGCAUGUCCGCAAAAUGCUGCUUAGUCGGUAUUCUUUCGAUAAACAGCGAGCGGCUGUACUGUCAUGCACUUCUCGACGUGAUGGCUAAAAGACUGCUUCACGAAACGAGCUUGCUGACGAUGAUGCUUCAGCCAUCCCCUAGCCCUAUACAGCCAGUAUGCUUUUUGACAUGGAGUUGCGCACCAGCUCGCCUUGGCUUAUCCCGGCUUAGCUGA